AUGACAGCAGGAGAUUCGUUUGGCCCACCCGGUGUAGCCGAAGGAUCUCCCCUCAUGAAUUCGUACACGCAUCAUUCUCCAACACCAACAACGCCAGGCCGCUAUCUUCUUGGCGUGGACGAGGCAGGGCGCGGUCCAGUUUUAGGUCCACUCGUGUAUGGAAUUGCAUACUGUCCUAUUGAGUAUAAGCCAAAAUUGGAAACGAUGGGUUUUGCAGACUCUAAGACACUGGCUUCGUCGACACGAGAGGCACUGCUAAACAAACUGUCCUCUGAACCAUCGGAUCUCGGCUGGUCUGUUCGAGUUAUAAGUCCACAGGCAAUAUCGAGUGGCAUGCUGAAGCUUCCACCAACGAAUCUUAAUACCCAGAGCGAAAAUGCUACCGUACUUCUGAUACGAGAGGUUCUUUCUGCUGGAAUAGACAUAGCUGAAAUGUAUGUCGAUGCAUUGGGCCCCUCCGCCAAGUACCAAUCAUAUCUGUCAGAGUUAUUUCCCGGCAUUGAGAUAACGGUUGAGCCGAAAGCGGAUGCAACAUACCCGAUUGUCAGUGCUGCCAGUAUAGCUGCCAAGGUGACUCGCGAUGCUUGGAUAGAGAAUUGGGUGUACGAGGAAGCACCUAGAUCGUUUUCUCACAUCCCACCGAAAUGGGUGACCCAAGAGCGAGGAAGUGGUUAUCCGUCAGGUAGUGGUUUCGGAAGAUGUUAUCGCGCUAUUGACAACGAUAUUGCUCCCAGACCCAAAGACGAAGGAAUGGCUUAUCUCUACCAUGGACAAGACGUUUGGCUACCCAGUAUCGCGCGAUUUAGCUGGGCAACGGUCAAGUUGAAAUUAGACAAAGACGCGCACCCUGUUACGUGGGUCGAUGAAGACCAGAAAAGUCUCGCAAAAGCCUUCAGUAGCGUCAACCCCAAGGAAAAGGGCAGGUGCGCUUUGGCAAAGGAAGUGGGAUUGAAGAGUAUCGCGGACUUAUGA